AUGUCCGCGAACAAAGCAGCUCGCAAGGAAAUCUUCGCCGCAGUCGUCAACCGAGGUUUCAACGAAGCCAUCAAACGCGACGACGAAAAGGCCCACAAUGCGUUUCGUGCAGGCGACAUGGACGCCAAUGCAAAGCACUUGGCUGCCGGCGACAAAAAACGAGCGAUCAGAGAUAAGGUCGUUCCACCCAUCGGAAUUGUCGAAGGCAUGGCGUUCGCCAACGGACCUGCCAUCGCCGUGCGAGCGGCCGAGAUGGGGGAGCUCAAACUCAAGAAACAUCGAGACGCCGCAGUUGCAGCGCAUGCGAAAACCCAAACUGGACACGACAAGAAAGCGUCCCCCGAUGCCCAAAAGAUCAACGACCGGGCCAACAUGGUCAGGUUGACCAAGAACAUGGCCAAAGGAAUGGACGUUGUCAACAGCGCGAUCGACGGGGCCAUCGUGAUUGCCGAUGGCGCCAUUGGCGCAGCCAUCAAUGGUCCAAGCACGGACUCGUUGAAGAAAGCGGGCAAGGCCAUCUCGGGGGCGGCGGAAGGAUUCGCAGCCGCAGGUAUGGGCGCAGUCGGCCUCGCCAAACACGCACAUGUCAUGGGUCUCAAGAAAAAUUCGGAAAAGAAUUGGGACAAGGCCCGAGCCGCCAUGAAGGACGGGCGACUGAAGCCAGGGCCUGUACCAUCCACGAUUGCUGCCCCAACCACCACCAAACAACGAGUGGUCAUCGACGCCAUGAAGAGUGUGCCCAAGAAGGCUGCCGAUUGCAUCAGCAAUUGCGUCCGAGCAGUCCAGAACAUUGGGAAACCCAAAUCCCGCGGCUAG